AUGAGAGAUAUUGCCAAUAUAAUUCCAACUUUUGAAAAUAGUAAGACUAUUGCAUCAUUAACAUUACUUGAUCGUGAACAAUUCCUUAAUAGUACUUUAGUUAAAUCACCAAAGAAUUACACUUUAUCUCAUUUUAAAGAUAAUGAAAGUCCAAUUCAACAAUUAUUACAUUCUUCAAAUAAUGGACAUCAUAAUAAAGAAGAAUUAUCAACUAGUUAUAGUACUAAUACUAUUAAAGAAGAAGAUGAAGAAGAAGAUAUUGAUGUUAAUGAUGCAUUAUUUCAUAUGGAAAAAAAUGAUUCAGAGACUAAAGUUGAAACUCCAAACUUUUCUAAUGAUUCAUUUCAAAUUAUUAAAGAAAAGCCAACUAGAAUUAGAGUCCAUGAAGUUUCCAAUGGUGUCCUUUUGGUUUAGAUUCCUUGUAUUUAGAUUUGCUAUUAUUAUAUUUGCAAUAGCUAUAUAUUUUUAUUUCUACUAUUAUUAUUUUUAAUGUUGUGUUUUCUAGUUUAUUCUAGUAUUAGUAUUUUUGUUAAUGUAUCUAUCUUAAUAUUGUAUAAACCAUUUGUAAAAUUAAUUAUGUUUAAGAAAACGUUAGUUUUA